CUUCAGUCCACAUUGGAGAGUAUUCAUGAUCGAAACAUAACACAAUACAACUCGACGUGCAACACAUUUUCAUCACUUCAGGAUGAAACAAGAAUAUCAGGACCUUAUUCUGCAGGAGUGUGGUGCAAAGGCUCUGCGUGUUGGUGACAAAAUCCAGACGCUGUGGAGCGGCUAUGGCCAGAUUGUGAGGGUCCAUUUAGAUGGCUGUGACCGCCCCUCUGUCGUUGUCAAACAUGUCAUGUUCCCAAAGGAGGCCGAGCACCCUGGAGGCUGGAACACAGACCUGUCUCACAUGCGCAAGGUGAGGUCCUACCAAGUUGAGACGCACUGGUACCAGAACUUCUCCACCAAUGAUGGCUGUCGAAUGCCAGCCUGUCUGGCUGCUUGUUCAUACGGGGACGAACAGCUGAUCGUUCUGGAGGACCUGGAUGUGGUGGGCUUUGACCAGAGUAGAACCAGCGUUAGGGAUGCAGAGAUGAGGGCCUGCCUCAGCUGGCUGGCCCACUUCCAUGGCCUCUUCCUGGGGGUGGUGCCAGAGGGGCUGUGGCCCAUAGGUACCUAUUGGCACCUGGAAACACGCCCUGACGAGCUGAAUGCCAUGGACGACGCCCAGCUCAAAGCAACUGCCGGGGAGAUUGACAGGAUCCUCAAUGAAUGCCGCUUCAAGACCAUCGUUCACGGAGAUGCCAAACUAGCCAACUUCUGCUUCUCUGGGAGUGGGCAGGGUGUGGCGGCAGUGGACUUUCAGUACGUGGGCGGAGGCUGUGGGAUGAAGGAUGUUGUCUACCUCCUGGAGGAAAUAGAGGAGAAACAGCUUGAAAAGAGGGUUCCCGGCCUGCUGGACUACUACUUCACAGAACUGAGAGCAUCAGUGACCAAGCAGGUGGACUUUGCUGCUCUGGAGAAAGAGUGGAGGGAGAUGUUUGCCUUUGCCUGGACAGACUUCCAUCGCUUUCUCCUGGGAUGGAUGCCAGGACACCGGAAGAUCAACAGAUACACUAAGCAGCUGACUAAAGAGGUGCUGAGGAAACUGAAACGGUGACUUAAGCCUCUGCCAUUUAGGCUCAUCAAUCACCUGCUGAUUGGACUGGGUUGUAUUGAGGGAUGUAGAUCAGAAAAACUGAUUUGCUGUGUGUUGUUGGGAGGAGAGCAGAAGAUUGAUUUAUUAGGCAGACUUUGAGCCCAAUUAUUGGUAUACAAUCAAACAAUGCACUGAAAGUUUUCCUUACAAGCUAGAAUGUUUAAAAUUACAUUUAAACUUACUUUAGCGGUUGUCUGUGCGGCUGCUUCUUCAGCUGCUCAAAAUUUGAGACAAUAUUCACUGAAAGUUGUUAACCCGACUAUUUAGAGCACAGGCACUGAAGUAUACAUUUCUAUCACCCAUAUGCACAAAACCAUGUAAACACCCGUUAGUAUGCAUCACGUGUGUGUACUUUAAUCGGUUUAAUAAUACUUUCCUGUGGAUAUGUACAACAUCAAAAAAUGGCCAGUUGAUGGACCAACACCACGGACAAUCGGCAGUUCAAAUAUCAUUUUAGUCAAUAUUUGACAGACAAGGGACGUUUAGUUUUUUUUCUAUGUAAGUGUGUAUGACGUUGCCUACACAAUUUAAGGAAUUGCCACGUUUCGUGACUAAGCUGCAAUUUAAUAUCUGCAGAUAGACUAAUAAAGCACUUAAUUCCCA